AUGAAGACUCGAGUGGCCACAACUCUUGACAUGGCUAAAAGGAUUGUGAUAAAUAACCCGGAUCAAGAGGCUGCACAACGAUUAUAUUUAAGAAAGAGAUUAAGAUCAGAGAACCUUAUAGCAGUAGUCUUCACUGUUGUUAGUACCACUUCACAGUCCUGGACGGAAAAACUCUCUGGACAUUCAGGCAAAGAAAGAGUAUCUCAACAUGAUGGGAUCAUGCAAAUGUGCCUUCCAGCUCUGUACUGCAGGGAGAGUAAUAGGCGAGAGGGACUAGGUGGUGGUUUAGAUAAAAUCAAAUCUGCUGGAAGUCAACAGUUGUUGAAACUGGAUGAUGGAAACAUGAGGCUUCGUGGUAAUGUUGUCUGCUUUUGCACAUAUUGGGACUUUCCCAUGAAUUUCUCUGAGGAGGCAUUAGAGGAAGAAACUGUGGUUCUCACAUUGGUUCCAGUUAAUGAAGAAACUAAUGAAGAACAUCAGGUGGAACCAAGUGUUUCCUCAACUUCAGAAGUUGGCCUGGAGAUGCCUGGGACAAACGAUAAAGUUUGUCAUCUUCAAAUGAAUGAACAAUUCAAGUCUUGUCCAAAACACAGUUGUUGUAAUACACCGAUCCUUCCCUUGCCAACCAGUUUGCCUCCAGUUAAUAAAGUACGUUGGGACACUUUGCGAAACUGGUGCCAACAAUUUAAUUUGAGUACCGAUGGCCGGAAAAUAGAUGUUUAUUUGAGGCUCCAGAAACAUGCUUACUCUGAAAUAAAUGAGAAUAUUCCUAAAAUAUCACCAGAGGCCCAACUGCAGUCAUGUUCGACAAAAUGCAAGAUGGCAACCAAGAGAGCAAGGAUUCGGAAACGUUGUAAGAAGAGUGAAAGAGAGGAAGGGAUUAAUAUAGUUGAAGUGAUAACUUCAGCACAAGAAGGCAUGUUGGCAGCGUGGUCAAGAAUUGCUGCAAGAGCCAGUCAAUCCAAGUCUGUGAAUUCACGCCCCAUUCCUGUUUCUGUUGAGACUUUUCUGCUGCAAGCCUCUGGUGUCAGGUGGUGUGUGGUCCAUGGCAGACCUCUCUUGGCAGACACAAAAGGUUGGGUUCGCCUGCAGUUUCAUGCAGGCCAGGCCUGGGUGCCUGACACCCCCAAGAGGAUGAUUUCUCUCUUCCUGUUGCCCGCCUGUACUUUCCCAUCCCCGGGCCUUGAAGAUAAUAUGUUAUGCCCUGAAUGUGCUAAGAGGAAUAAGAAGAUAAUGAAAAGAUUAAUUGCAAUGGGGAAGGAGAGGCGACGUGGCUUGAAUACAUCAACAUCUUUCCCUUUGAGUGGGCCAUAUCUUAAUAAAGAAUAA